AUGGCUGCUGUAGUCUACGAAGGCGUGGGUGGGGGAGGGGAGUUGUUUGCAGGCAGCAAAUAUUAUAUCCUCCAACGAGUGCCAACGAGAAGUAGGUGGGUCGAACUAAUAGAGCAAAACGGAGGAGAAAUAGUCGCACUUGACAAGUAUGCCGACUAUGUGAUUGCCGAUCACGCUAGGAAGGAUAAUCCUCCUGGUUCGAUCUCAUGGAAGUGGGUUGAACAAUCCGUCAAAAAGGGCGAAUUGCAGGAUGUUGACGAAUAUCCUGCGGGGCCUGCCGAAGGAACUGUGCGAAGCGCAGGCUCAACAGUACCACCCAAAAGUACCAGAACACCAUUUACCACAGCAGAUGAUAAAUUUCUCUCGGAUUGGGUGAUGGCUGCGCAAAGAAAGGGUGCACCCAUUAAAGGAAACGAAGUCUAUAUACAACUCGCAUUGAAAAACCCGCGACACACAUAUCAAUCAUGGCGGGAUCGGUGGGUCAAACAUGUGUCUCAUCAAGCUCAUACGGCUUUACCGGAUGAAGAAGAAGAGGCGGAUGAUGACGUGGGUUACGUGCCCCCUUCGAGAGCUAGGACUGCCUCUCGGAUCGCCUCAAAUUCCACAAAGAAAGUAGCUGCUGGUUCCAGCGCUACAACCGCGAAACCAUCCAUUAGAAUCCGACCACCGCCGACCAUAAAGAAUGACACAGAACCUAAAGAUAUGGCAGAACCCGUAGUGGAAGCAUUGAAACCUGUCAAUCUCUCUACAGGAAACCGGUUUACGGAUGAGGAAGACGAAUUACUUCUGGAAGCGUCAAAGCCCAUUUUGAACUUGGAUUCUAGGCAAGAACUGGAUGCAUGGUGUAAUUGGGCCCUGGAAUAUCCUACCCAUUCUGCUCAGGAAUGGCGCAAUCGGUUUGAGGAUCACAUAAAACCGCAGUUAGCGACGGAAGAUGCGGAGGAGGAAGACGAUGAGGAUCAAGAAAUCGAAAGUAUCAGAAAGCCACAGUCAACUCCCCAGCGACACGUUGAGGAGGUACCAACGAAGCGACAACUGUUCCAUCAAUUUUCUUCGAAGAAUAGACCAUCGAGUAGUCAUGCGCACUCUAGGGCGCUAGAGACUCGAGACUCACAAGAUUUAUCGAAAAAGAAAUUGGAGUUACAAGACACAGCAGAAGACUAUGUGGAUCCUACAACCGUUGAUGAGAUUCUAUUCACUGAACAAUUGAAAAAGAUGGCAGAUAUUUUGGGUUUAGAGGUAGACUUCGAACCACUAAUCGGUGGCCGGCAUUUACCACUCUUUACGCUUUGGCAGGUCGUUAGAUCUGAGAAAUUUGGCGGUUACGAUAAUGUCCAAGGGCUAAAGCAAUGGCCCCAGGUUGCGAAAGCGUUGAAUUAUAACCCGUUUUUGCAUACCCGUGCUGCGCACGAACUGCAAGCAUGUUAUAGUGAAAUACUGGCUGACUUUGAGACCUCGCGGGAGCAAUUUCUUCAACCCCAUGUGUAUUCCCCUGAACCGGAAGAUCAAGCCCAACACACUCCAAUACGACCUGUCAUUGACUUGGAGCAAAGUGAGGAGGACGAUGAAGACUUAUUCGUCACACCAUUACAGUAUUCAUCCUCUACGAAGAGACGCGUUGACGUUGGUCGUACCCCUCUAGCCUCAUCAAUCAACAAGAAACCUCGUCUAGACAAGGGCAAAGGAAGGGCAUUAGAAAGCCCAACGCCUGAAAAGUUCACUCCCAGAAUCAAGAAAAAGCUUCUAACAAAUCAAGGCAAAGGAAUGGCAUCCGAAAGUCCCUCGCCCGAAAAAGUUAAAGAAGUCCCCUCAACUCCAGACGAAGUAAUCAACGGCACAGCCUACCCUACAAACUCCCAUCGUCCAUCCUCACCAGCCAACGAUUCAUCCUCCGAAUCCGCAUCCCUGUCCCAAAAAUUCGCAGACAUGGAAACAUUCAAAGAACGUAUGAUGGCUCUCGGGUACGAAGAAGAAGACUUCGACACGGCCUUUUUAGCGACGUGCAUGCGAGAGGGGAAUAUAGCCGUGAUUCUGGAGUCGAUGCGUGAAGGCCAUGGGAUCCCCCGGAACAUUCGGGGUGUGUGGACGGAGAGUGAUGAUGAAAACUUGGAGGCCGAUAGUCAGUCCAGGGAGUUUUCGAGGGUGUGUAGGAAGCAUGGCAAACAGGGUGUUGAGGAAAGGAGGGACUUUUUGAGGAAAAUGGAUCUGGAAUAA